AGUACAGGUGAGCAGCAUGACUCCACCAACACACAUCAAACAGGAAGGAUUUUUGAAUCCUGGAAUUUUAUCUGUCGCUGUGAAACUGUGUGCUGCAUACUUUGUCACCUGCAGCCCAUUACAUUUAUCUUCACGGGGUGGUUGAGGACAUAAAAUGGACACGGGGAAGGAUUAGAUAAAGUACAGCAACCUUUCAUCCCCUGGAUAGUCCUCUUAUCUACAGCUUAAGCUUGGUCCAGUCUGCUAAUUCUUACAGACUGGCAGAACAAUCAGAACCCAGACAUCAAAUCUUUUCUACAAGGAGAAAAACAAACUAACUGAAAAUCUGGAUGGUGGAGCUGCAGACCGCAGAAUUACUGUAUUCAUGACAAAUUCAUAGUUCUAGUAUGCUGAUGCAUUUCAGUAUUAAUCAAAACUACUACUAGAGGAAAUAAGAACUUUCCUUCUCUAUUGUGGUUUUGUGAAUAAACAAAAGAAAUUGAUUAUCCUGCCUUCAGCCGCUGUAUCUGGCUGGCAAUAAUAGAAUACAAGAAGAAAGCAACUUUAAUUGAAUACAUUGGGGCUCUGAAUACACUUUCCAGAGUGAAAUGUUAUUCCUCACAUGCACCUAACAGCAGGAAGCCGCUAUAUACACAGUUCCCCUUCACAUCACUGUAGAGUUAUGAGCUCCAAGAUAAAGGGCAGAUCCUUUUCUCAGAAAGAAAAAUAAUCUGCAGGCUGGAGAUUGGGAUGCAGACAAAAAGCAUGUUUUGGUGACCAAAAUAGCAUAGUAGGAAGAGCGACGUCUGGAAAGGGGAAAAAAGGAGUAUUAGAGAGAUGUAAAUAGACAAGACUGGACUGUUUCUCAGCCCUCUUUGCCAGAGUUUUAACAGAGCACAACAAACUUGUGCAAUUUUCAUGGCAGUUGUCCAUGGGAACUCAUCCAAGGCACAUCGGAGCAGAACCUCCUGGGAGGUCCUCUUAGAUAGAGCAUAAUCCUUUAUGAAGACCAAACCAAGAGUGCACUUCUUCCGUCAAAUUUCAUCUGAGUCCAGGACAACAUUUGAAAAGAUUUUUGCUAAAAGUGGAGCUAUGACCGGAAGCAGCAACCUGGAAAGCUGAGCUACUCCUUUCUUGUCCCCUUUUGUGUGUUCCCUUGUAUUUGUGAACUUAUACACUGCCUGCCAGUAAGGACUAAAACUUCCAGCUGGACCGACAGUUUCAUCUUAUAAGGAGAGUAGAUUUUGCUGACUGGAACAAAACACUCACAUAUCCCCCUGCGGAGGGCUUUUGUUUCUGCUGCAGCAGAAGCAUUUUACCGUGGGUAGCGAUGGAGAUGGAGAAGGGACAUAUGUCUAUCAGGAGAGGGUUGAGCUGGAGUCCAGGGGGAUUGAGGAAACCUCUCCAGGCAACACAAAACACCCCUGGGACAGAGUGCAAUGCAUCAUGGGAGAAGACAGGAUUAAACAAUGAGCAGAUGAGCCGGAAAACAAAUCUGACCCGGAGUGCCAGUUUAUCAGAGAAAGAGCUAAAGGAGGCUCGUGUCAGGAGUCAGAUCAUCGCUGCUCAGCUCACCAUCCCUUCCAACUCCAGUUCUAGAGGCGUGCAGCUCUUCAACCGGCGCAAGCAGAGAGUCAACGCCUUCACGCUUGAAAGCUGUGGAGAGGGGUCGCUGGAGGACAGAGCUGAGAAUGUGAAAAUCGACCCCUCAUCUAACAAACUAACAUGGGCAGAGAGGAGCAGUGAGGGAAAGGAUAGAGACCUGAACUUUAAGAAUAGUGUUACCAAACCACUCUUGUCACCACCUGGGAGGAUACGUUUAGUAGGUGAUAUCAUGGAGGACUCAGGUAAGGAUUUCCACAAGGAAGAGGACAUGGAGGACAGUGUUGUCCAAGAGAGACAUUUCCUCCCUGUUAAGGAAGAGCAGGAGGAAGAGGAAGAGGCAAGAGAUGAAAUCCACGAGGAGCUUGUGGACAAAGUCAAGGAUGAGAUUCCCCCUGCAAGUAAUAAUACUGAUCCAGUUCUGAUCGGACAUACUGAAGGGCAAGCAGAGAUAAAUGGGGGCCACACAGGGCCAGUUCCCCUUGGAAAGCUUCUUAAUGGUUGCCACAGUGCCUCUGGACGUGAGACGGUACCUGUGCCCACAUCCAAGCAGACAAGCACCAUCAUCAACCGAACUGCCAGGCCGUUUUUCUCUCCGCUGACAGUGCAGUCUCCAGAGGUAGUCAGCCCUGUCAUGGACAUUCCUCCUCCUCCUACUUACGCCACUCCUCCUCCCCCUGCUUUCACUGUUCCCCAGCCUGUAGCUUUCUCACCGCCACCUCCGCCUCCAUCAUAUCCCACACCUCCUCUACCGGCCUUUACAAACCAACCCCCACAGACCUACUACUCCAAUCCACUUCCAAUCCCUUCCUCGCCUCCACUGUCCCAGUUCCCUGUUUCUUCUGUAUCUCAGCACCCAUCUAUGCACCAUUAUGGCCCUCCCACGGCCCCAAGGCCCACCACCUUUGUUCCUCAGCCUGCUGGAGAGAGGAAGCCGAUAAUAGGAAUCAAAACAGGAAUACUUGAGGAAGGCGCUGCUAGAAGAUCAAGUAGAAAGUCAAUGUUCACAUUCAAAGAGAAGCCAGUGGUAGCGCCGAACCCUGAGCUGCUCUCUCUGGUGCAAGGGGUGGAUGAAAGGAAGAAACACGGACAUAGAUCUGUGCCUGAGCCAGCACCCGAGGAAGAGUUGCUGGCUCUGGGUGCAGAGGCCUCCAACUUCCUCGCCAAGGAACAGGACAGGGCAGAGGAGGCAAGAGCUCCAGAGUGGGCUUCCUGCCUCAAGAGCUCCAGGACCCAGCCAAGGCCAGAGCACAGGCCAGAGCAGACCCUCACCAAUGUAUCAGGAAAGGGGGCUGAGCUGUUUGCCAAGCGCCAGUCCAGGAUGGAGAAAUAUGUCGUUGAGAAACAAAAUGCUGGACAAAUGAGGUCUCCUUCUCCCACGAUGUCGCUGCCUCCAUCUUGGGUGUACCCAUCAAACAUGCCCGGCAGGGUCAAGGCCAUUGCUAAAAACUCUGACAUGAGCGCUCAGCUUUCAGAAAACCUAAAGGCCCAACAAGCAGUCAAGCAAAAACCAAGGCAAAAGGCUCCAGCACCGGAACCAAUUCCAGAGCCACCUCCUUUAGAAAAUGGAUGCUCCAAGAUAGAGAUGGACCUGUCAAGGCACCGGCCCUACCAGCUUAACUCCUCCCUCUUCGUCUUUAACCCAGCCAAGGACCCCAUUAGUACCCUGCCCAGAGGAGCACCACAGUCCAGGAACCUGAUGUCUAUCUCUAGACAGACUUCCUUACCUACUAACCCCCCUCCUCACUUCAGUACCCAGUGUAUGUCUCCACAGCUGCCUCUCCCAACAAGAGGAGGAGCAGAAUUUCUACCAAAUCCAGCCUCUGGUCAGCCAAGGAUCAGUUCUCCUAUGUCUGCCCUUUCUCCAGACCGAGUGUCCUCUCCUCGGUCAGGGGUCCAGGCACCCAGGCCCACGUUUUCUGCCAAGAAGGCAGGGAUUACACCACAGACACCAAAGGAUACCUCCCCAGUUGAAACCCCCAGUGAGACUCCCACACCAAACAGGACGCCCAGCCUCACCAGACGUUUCAGCAGCCCAGAGGGCCCCACCGCAGGGACCAGGAGUCCUAACCUCCAAACUAAUCGUCCCUCUUCCACCAUCUCUAGCCGCUCAGUUACUUCCCCAGUAUCCUCUCCCAGGGGUACAAGAUGCCAAUCACCUAUGGCCAGUCAAAAAAUCCAAUUUUCCACUGUUACCUCCACUACAACAUCCAGACCUUCCCAAACAUUCACAGCCACAUCCCCAUGCUCUCCUCCUUGGGGAUCAAGAUGCCAGUCCCCUAUGGUGAGCCACAAUACCCAGUCUUCCACCAUUUCCUCUGUUCCUACUUCAAGACCUUCUCAAACUUCUACAUCUACUUCUCCUUGGGGAUCAAGAUGCCAGUCCCCAAUGGUAAGCCAGAAUACUUCCAAUCUCGUCUCCAUUUCCACAUCCAGACCAACCCAAACAUAUACAGCCAUGUCUCCUGUCUCUCCUCCUUGGGGGUCACGUUCCCAGUCUCCUGCACUAUCUCAGACCAGCUUAUCCUUCCCUGCUACUAAGCCUCUGUACACAUCCUCUGCCACCUCUCCUGUUCCCCCACCCAAAGACAGUCGCUGCAUGUCCCCCAUCAUUAAUAACCAGGACUCUAAAGCCAACCAUCGCCUCAUGGCCAAGAACAUAAUCAAUGCAGCCAAACGUAAAAACAGCCCCUCCCCCGGAGCACUGAGCGGUCACAGCCUACCCAUCUCGCCUCUGGGAAAUUCUCAUGGCUACGACUGUCACAAACCGCCCAUAAGCCCUUUCCAGUCGCGGGCAUUAGGGGUCCAGUCCCCUUCCUUCACUAGUCCACCUCCCACCCCAACUCAAAGGAUCUGCUCCCCUGUGAGGCUAUACAACACUCGCUCCCUCACGGACUCCGAUGCCUCUGUUGAGUCUGAAGAAUCAAGCCUCCGAUCGCCUGGCCUGCACUCCUACAACACCUGCCCCCGUGGCUGGGGCGGUAGCCUGAGGGUGAAGAGAAGCACAGUCUCCACUGACCUGUGAGGGUGUUACUGGAUGGCAGUCAAAGCACAAUUUCAGUUUUCUUAGAUGUUUGUGGUAUCAACUAGUAAAAGAUGAGGCAAUUUACAACUGAUGGCAUUUCAUCAGACUAAUAUUAGACAAGUUACCUUUCUGUAACUUUAAAUAUUGAUCCUUGCUGUGGCUUGUACACGUCUCACAUACCAAAAAGUGCAUAGAGACUCAGAAUAACCAAAGAUGUUUAAAUUCACUUCCAUAAAUGUUUUUACACCUUCACAACAAGCAUAAUUUCAUAGCCACUGUUCUAAUUAAACAGUGUUUAAGUAAAUGGGUAUGUGUUUUACAUGUUAUUAAUGAAUGGAAAGAGAUUUUAGCAUAGAAGGGAUGGAUGGAAUAAAUAAUGUAUAACGAUAUAUCUCAUUGGACUGUACAGUACUUUGGUUAAAGCAUUUUCUAAUUGUACUGUAUUAGUAAAGAAUCAAAUUUAACAGUGAAUAUUGAUUUUGAUUAUACUGGGUAAAAUGAGUUUCCAUCAUUUUUCCAUAAUAAAAACACAGUGAUAGGUGGGACACAUGCUAUUCACACUAUCACACAUAGUCAAAGUAUUCACCACAGUUUAUUAUCCAUUUUUAAUCAAUGGGAAAUAAAUCAUAUGCAUCAUUAAAGCAGUGCAAUAAUCAAUUUAACACAGCGUAUAUAUGUUGCUUUUUGUACUGCAUUUGCUAUAAUGAAUGUAAGCUUUAGAGACAGAUUGACUGAGAAUGACAGACAAAGGGUGUUGAGUAUGAAGCGUUAUGUGGAGGUUUAAUGGGGCAUUGAAGCACUUGUUUAAGCAAACACUAUUUCUGUGUUUUAAAUCCAAAGGUUUAAAUGGUUUUAUGCUAACAUUUAAACAUUGACGAUGAACAAUUUAACAAACAGCUGUCAAGGCAUAUUGAUUGUAAUAUUCACAGUGGAGAAUCGUGUAUAUAUGCCUAAGUUUUGACACUUCUGCUGACCAAACACCGUCAUUCUAUUUUAUCAGUAAUGUCUUCAAUGAGGAACAGAUUAACAUUUGUUGUGCUUGUACUUAUUGUACAAAGUGCCUGUUUGGAUGAGGUUCAGAAGCAAAUGUGUAUGUCACACAAGUAGGGAAGGUACAACGGAAUGUUGUUAAGCUUUCAUGGGAAAAAGGUUAGAAUAAUGUUGUAUGUUGUGAAAUAUUAAUAAUUAUUAAAUCAAAAGUGUUGAAAGUGUGAGUAAAGGAUUAGAGGAACUGACUGUAUUUUAAAUACAUUCAUAACUCUCAUUAACUUCAAAAGUUUCUUUUUAUACUUGAUUUGCACUUCCGUUCAUUCCAUUUCAAUGGCUAAGUUGGCAAUGUGUAAACCUUGAGUUGCUCAAACAGGUGUCAAUCAAAAUAAAGGCAGCAAAUAAAUAUCCUACUGUAAAAACCAGAACAUUCCUGCACUAUUCAACAUGUUGACAUGAUGGUGGUAAUUAGCUGUAAACUUGACUGCUGCCUUCAAACCACAACUGGCUUUCUGUUUCAAGUGUGGGAUGUGUUCUCUACCAGCAUACACAACAUCAUUCCUUCACUCCCCCACAUACACACAAAGCAUCAGCACAUUUUGAAAUAUGAACUUCUCUGUGUCCUUUGAGUGACGGGGACACCUGCUACAUGGUGUCCUGACUCCUUCAGCAGGAUUACGCCUAUCACUGUCAUGGAUUGGUUUCAACCUGGGUCACCUCUGGACAAACCGAACACUGCUGACAUCCUCAAACACAGAAACGAAUCAUUGCAUUUUUUAGUUUUGCAAGAUGAUUAUUUUUGGCGGGGGGUCAGUGGUUGCAUGCCUAGAGUUUUUCAAUACAGCUCAUUUUUCUCUCAUUUCAUAACUGUAUGGUGUCUGAAAAUGAAUGCAAAAUAAAAAAGUGAUGACACACCAAUUUAAAUAAUAA